UUUGCAUACCAAAGUGAGCUGCUGAGAAUGCAACAUUUUUAAUAAAUCCACAUAAAAAAUUGUAUGUAAACCUAAACCAAAUUGGGAUACCUUUUAUAACAUGGCUAAAGACAAAAAACAGAUUUUUAUGAAAACAUGAGUCGAAUAGUAUUUAUAACUUUGUUAUGGUUGUCUAAAGGAAAAAGCGAACGUGAUGGUAUUGGUGUGGUCCGAGAAUUAUGGUCACAUGUCCAUGGAACCUCCCUUCAAAAUUUAAUCGCAGAUUCAAGAUUUCCUCAUCAACCAACUAACGUAACGCUCCUACAAGAUUUUGAUGCACCAAUUGAUUCAACUUCAGAAGACAUUGGACAAAGAAUAAAAGGUUACUUUCUCGCGCCAACAAAUGGUGGUUAUAGGUUUUACAGUAGUUGCAGUGGUUCUUGUGAGGUGUUUCUUGGUUUCAACGACAUGGAAGGAGAAAGUAAUAGAAUCAUUAAACAACACAGGCCUUCUCACCACAACGAGUUUUUCAGCUUUCCCGAUCAAAAGUCACGCAUAGUUGCCCUUGAAAAAGGCAAAAGAUACUAUUUAGAAGCAAUUGGUAAAAACAGCAAAGAUGUUGAUCAUUUAAGCGUUGGAGUUGAACUGCCUGACGGACAAAAAGUUCUUCCAAUUACUUCAAAUUUGCUCAGAAGAAAUAAAGAUCCAAAGCAAGACGAUGCAAACAAGCAAAGACAAGAUUUUGACACAAUAGUCGAACUUGGGAAUGCUAAAAUAAUUGUACCACACAAAUCAAAUAAAAAAAUUAGCCUGGAAGCUCAAGCUGAAGAAAAUGAACCUGGUUUAGUUAGAGGAAUAAAGGAAGAUGCUCUUACUUUAGAAAUUGGCUUUGAAAAUAAUGAAACUAUGGAAAACGAUAUCCAGUCACAAACAAAAUUUUCUAAAGAAAAACCUAAAAAACCUGAAGUUAAGGUUGAAGAAGUUUCUUUUGACACUGAUAACUUGCAAAAAACUAAUAAAAGUAUUUCAAAAACAAUAGAUGAAUCUAAGGAGAAUUUGGAAAAACCUUUUUUAUACAAAAUUCCCACUAAUAAAAACAAUAAUGAAUUUACUGUGAUAUUGCCAAACGAAAUUCCUGCACUUUCAAAAAAGUCAAAAGAGAAUGAACCACAGAAAUCAAAAAACAUUAUCAAAACAAAUACAUCUAUUAAGAAUUUCGGCGUAAUACGAAGUCCUAAAAACGAUAAUGAAAUAAGAAACAUUGAAAAUGACGACGUAUUAGGAACACUCCAAAAUAAAUUAAUUGCUUUCGGUCAUAAAUUGUCAAGCAUUAAAAAAAAGAAAAUCCAGAACUUGAAGAAUAUUCGGAAUGUGUCAAAACUAAACUACAACAACGACGACGACUUUCAAUUAAUGGCAGUCAAGCAUAGCGAUUCGGUAAUUAAAACUUCCGUGAGUUCAAAAGAAUCUCGACUUGUCGACCAAAAAAAUUUAUUAAAAAAAGAUCCAAUGGAAUUUACUUUAUUGACAAAACAAAGGGAAUUUUUUCCUUCCGAUGUAAAAGCAAAAAUAAAAAAUAAAGGUACAAUUGAUUACACGCCAAUAAAAAGAGAAACCUCUAACUUAAAUUCGAAAAAAAAACCAGACAUCAUCAAAGUAGAAUUUAUACCGGAUGAAGAAACUAUUGAAAUUGUAAAUGGAAGUAAAAUAGAAAACCCUAAAAAAGCAGGAACCGUUCGUGUUCAAUUUAUACCUGGUGAGGUUGUGGAAAAGAAAAAUUCAAACAAUAGUAUAAAAAAGCAAACAUCAGAAAAAUCAGAAAAAGAAAAUGAUGGAGAUAGACUAACAAAUAAUGCAGAUGAGAAUGAUGAUGAAACAAUGCACAAUGAAAUAGUUGAAAUAAAAAGUGAAAAUAAAAACCUAAAAAAGCAAGAAGAAAUGAAGACUCAAAUGAUGCAACAAAACGAUGAAAAUGGUCAAACGCGGCAUAAGAAAAAACAUAAAAGCGUUAACGGUUAUGAAGCAAAUCCUUUAUUACCAGAAAAGAUAAAUUUAGCUACUUUAUCAGGAGACAAAGAUAAAAAAGCACCACUUACAAUACAAUCUCCAUUAACUACAGAAGGUAGUAGUACACCAAAUAAAGUAGUAAAUGAAGGUAAAAAUCGAGGCCCUAUUCCAAUAGAUGGUAUUGAAAAUCUUACAGAAGAACAUAUUGAUCCUCCACUGACUGCUCUUGGUGAAAAAUUUAAGGAUCUUAUUCCGCCUGAACAGAAAAUGAUGUUAGGAAAUAACUUGGAUAACAUUGAAAAAGCUAAUAACCCACCUCUACCAAGAGCAGGUCUUGCCUCUGAUCCGGACCGUGUAUUUGUAGGAGGUGAUGUUGUUCAAUCACCUCAAGGACAAGUAUCUCAUCAAGAUGAUCCAGAUCCAAAUCCUACCCAUAACGCACCAUCAGAUCCUGUUGGUGGGCAAGGACCAGUUGUUAACCCAGUAGCUGGUCAUUUACUUAGUGCUUUAAACCAAAAUGCUGUAACUCCUGAAGAAGCAUUGCAAAUGAUGAAUGACUUUAUAUCUGGAAAUCAAGAUAUGCAAAAAGCAGCUUCAAUAAUGGACGGAAUGUUGGGGAAAAUAUCUGCUCAAAGAAAACAAAGCAAUAAGUUAUUAGGAAGAGAAAAUCAUUUUAUGGAAGAUGUGAAUAAAGUAAAUACAGAAAUAGAGCCUGGUUUCGCAGACCCAUCUUUGAUGAAAAUGUUUCCUGAAAAAUUUAGUGGAACACAUUCAAAUGUAGGAAUGUUAAAUGAUCCAUUUAACAACGAUCAUCACAUUAGCGCUAAUCAAAAACCCAUUGGAGUAGAACCUAUGUCUUUUGGAAUAGAAGCCAAUCCUUUAAGAGACCGAAAUGUUGCAGAUAAUCUUGAUGAAAUAGCAGGAAACCGACUAGGAAAUUAUAUGAAUCUUGCAAGUGACAGUCCAAGUUAUAUAGCAAACAACAGAAAUGGCAUGUCUUCAUCAGGAACAAAUUUUAAUGAUGGUCAUAGUAAAAAUUAUCUAAACGAACCAAAUAGUUUUCUUGGACAAAAUAACAAUGCUAUGGAAAAAAGUUUUGAUUACGGUUAUAACAAUCCUUUAUUUGAAAAACCACAAGCAAUCGAAUCUAAUGAAAUAAAUAACUUUGAUCAAAAUGGUUAUAAUGAAUUUCACAAAGACCAGAAUCUAUUAAAAUCCUAUGAAGAAAGUCCGACUUAUAGAUCACAAGAAAGUCCUACUUCACAAGUUAACACCGAAAUACGGUUUAAUUCAGACUUAACGGAUAACUUGUUUCAUAAAAAUGGAUUAGAGACAUUUUCAAAUAUUGAAUCAACCAGAAGAAAAUCGGCAACGACAGGUUUUGAUAGAACAGAGCAAGAUAAUUUUCCAAACCUUAUGGGAGAUUUAGCAUCUGGAAACAUUCAUGUAGACAUUCCUAAUGGAAAUGGAAUGCGUGAGCCGGUUCACAAUGACUUUCACAAUGAUGGUGUCAAUGACGAAUGGAAAUCAAGAGAAAAUCUUCAUCAAGAAGAAUACCAAAAAUCAAAUGAUCAAAACUUUGCUCGAAAAUAUUUGACACCAAGUCCUAUUCAAGUAAAAAGUGAUGAAAAUAAUAACUUACAAGGAAUGUCUAAAGGAGGUCUAGAAAAAAAUAAACAUGCGCUUGCAGACAUGUACACCGAUUCAAUUUUUCCUGAAGACUUUGAAGACAUUCAAUCACUUAAAGGUGAUUUACAGGGACAAACGUUGACGUCUUAUGACCGGCCUCAACAGCAAAAACAGAUUAAAACAAAGAAAGGAAGUUUUAUCCGUUCGGAGUUAAAAGCUUCUUAUCCUUUAGAAGCCUCUGCUCUUGGUGGGAUGUGGGGAGCAGGCGAAGCCCGAUCGACUGUGCCUAAAUCAAAGAUUCCUACAAAAAGACAAAGUGUGGCAAAAAAGAAUUUAAAUUAUAAGAAAAAAUUAUCAAACAAAACAAAAUCAAAUAAAAAGUUUCUUCGCCGUGAAAGACGAGAAGAACGGAGUUUAAAUAAAAAUAUUUUGUUAAACACCUCAUUAAUACCACGCAAACAUUUGCUUUAUAACGGAUUUAGUGAAAAUACUUUUAAAAAUAUUGUUCAAGAUUCAAACGUUUUAAAAAUCGAAUAUCCAGUUAAUUAUUUAAAAUCUUCAAAAAACAAUAUUUCAACUUCCACUGCUUUAAAAAGCGAAGUUGUCAAAGAUUCGGAUUUACAAAAUGGUCAAAACAAAUUGAAAAACCAAAAAACUGACAAAAACACUAUUAUUGACAGUACAAAAUUAAACAGCAAAAUUAACAACGGGUAUAAAUAUUUGCAACACAGCAACAUAAAAAGCGUUUUUCGAAAAAUUGAAAGAACCAAGAACAUCACGCUUAAUCAAAAAGGUGAGUUAAAUUCUUUCUACAACCAAAGAAAAGGUGUGGAGGGUAUAAAAAAAGGCGUUGAAAAUAUUCAAAAAACAGCUAAUGCAAAUAAUCAUAAAUUAACUUUAAAAGAAUCUUCAUUUGAAAAAACUAACUUAACAAAUAAUAAUAUAAAUCUAUCUAUAAACUCACUUACCUCUACGGAUAUUUCAAGUGAUACUUCCUUGUAUCCGGACAAAACAGAUUGGGCAGAUAUUCAGGUUGAUAACGCAGAUGAUCUCAAAGGUGUAGAUAAGAUUGCAGAGAAAGUUGCAGAGAGCCAAAGUAACAUUGUAAAAGUAAAUUACACAAACAAAAUUGUAAAUCCAAUGCAAGUCAAACUAAUUCUAAAAAAAGUUCCUUUAAAAACAAGUCAAACAUUUAACUUGACAAAAAUAGAAAACCCAGUUGUUAACCAAACGCUUAUAAAAAAUCCUAAGUCUUUAAAUGGAACAAAAAGUAGCAAACAGCUAAAACCAUUAAAAACUGCGUUUGCAAUAAAAUAUGAGGGAAAACCUUCAAGUGCAAAACUACUUCAAACAAAUCACACUAACCAUGAAAACGCUCCAAUUAAUUUUGAUACUAAUGAUAACUUACUAACCAACUCAUACAAACCUGGCAUGCAAGUAGAAGAGCUUGAUCCAAAUCAAUCAACAGAAGUAAGCGAUAAAGGUCUACGUGAACUCAUGAGAGAGUUGAAAGAUGUUUUGUACAGACUUCGUCAAUAUAAAUUAAAAGCAAAAAGGCUUCAUCAAAGUCACCAUAGAAACCGAAAUCGAAACUAUUAUAUAAAUAAUGUAUACCAAGAAAGAAUGCCUUUUAUUGGGGAAACUCUGAAUAAUCAAGGACUAUUGCGGUUGCCAGAAAGAAAACCGUUUACUGGAGAAGCAGCUCUCAGCAACCAAGCCUUGUCACGUUUGCAAGGAAUCGAUCGCGGAGAAAUUGAGUCAGCAAUAGCUUCACUCAAUGAGCCAGUUCAACAUCCAGUAGUAAAAGACAUGGAUAUAGAAAAUUAUCUUCAAGAAGUGUAUGAUCCAGGAAUGCGUGGGUUUGAAGGACCAUUAGGAAGGAUAGAAUCAUCUCCAACAAUAAAAGAUGAACCUAUAUCAAACGCAGGUGUUUAUCCAGAUAUGGAGGAACUUUCUUCUUUUGAUAAUUCAUAUGAAAACAAUUCCGGUUCAUAUUCAAAACGUGAAACAUUACCACGCGUGAAAAACUUGAAACAUUACCACACGUAAAAAUAUUCAAAACGUGAAACAUUACCACACCUGAAAAUAGAAAAAAAGGAAAACAAAUCCCUUAAAUAUUUGCAGUUGAGUUAAACUAAAAAGGAAUUAAAAGGUAUAAGAAUACAAAGAACAACUAUACAUAAUUAUGCAAUUAUGCAAUAGAAACAACAAUUUAUUAUUAUACAAUAAAAACAGCAACUUUUAUGCAAUAAGCAUAGCGAUGCAGCAUUUUGCAAUAAAAUAAUACAAGCAAAAAGAGACUUGUUUUUGUAA